UUAAAUUUGAUAAAACUCGUAUUCUGUCGGUUGUUAAUUGUUUUUACGGGGAGUGGGUUUAUUUUUCUGGAGACGCGUUUGCUGUCAGAAUAACAGCGACGGUCGUAUUUUGCAGUGUUUUAUGAUAGUUAGAGAUGUUUUAAUACCAGUCAUUUAGUUUUUUAACAGUAUAACAAGUCGCAAUGCGAGAUUACAGCGGAGUCUUCCCUCCCUUUAUCGUCAUGGUUACAGAGGCAAAGCUGUAAGAAGCUCUGUAACAACAACUUGUGUUUAGCCGCCUUUAACUUUUUACUCUUAAAUCAAUUCCAUUGGAACAUUGGACAAGGCGUAUAUAGAUGUGAAGGGCCAUUAACACUACUUAUCGCCAUUUCUAGGCCAGGGGAUGGACUUCACAGAAUGCUAUGAAGACACGGUGUCCAGUGUUGCUGCUGCAGCCCGCUCUGGCUGCAGGAGGCGGCUGAGGAGGCUGAUCCACAGAGGAUCCAGCGUGGACAGUCGGGAUAACCGCGGCUGGAACCCCCUGCAUGAGGCAGCAGCAGCCGGCAGUAAAGACUGUGUGGAGGAAAUAUUGUCUGCAGUAAGUGAAAGCUCCUCUGGAUCUCCUCGUGAUUAUGUGAACACGCUGACUCACGAGGGGGAAUCAGCAUGUUACCUGGCAGCGCAGCGAGGACACCUGGCGGUGGUCCGACUCCUCCUCAAGGCGCACGCUGACCUCAACCAGCUGACUAAUGACCUGUCCUGUCCUUUAUAUGCAGCCGUGGACAACGGGCACACGGAGGUUGUGAAGCUGCUGGUCAGGAAAGGAGCACAGGUCAACAGGGUACACACGGCGUCCUGGUGGACCUGUCUACAUCAAGCUGUUUACAAGGGUCACAGCGACAUCGUUCGUAUUCUUGUUGACGUUUGCAACCUCGAGGCCCACGAUGACCACAAGAUUUCGCCGCUGUUCGUGGCAGCACAGUACGGACAGAAGGAGUGCCUGGAGCUCCUUAUUAAUGCUGGUGCCACUGUGAACACGCAGGCAGCUGAUCUGGCGACGCCGCUGCUGAUUGCCUCCCAGGAAGGCCACCAGACUUGCGUGGAUCUCUUGCUGGAUCACGGCGCCGAUCCGAACAUGGCCUGCAGCAAAGACUGGCCUCAGUUUCCUAUUCAUGCUGCUGCUGAGUUUGGCCAUAUAAGCAUUCUGCAAAGGCUGAUAGAGGUCACUGACAGGACGUGUGACCGGGGCGAACGCAUGGUCAGUCCGCUGUAUGUGGCCAUCCACAGCGACCAGACCAGCAGCAUCCAGCUGCUGUUAAAGGAAGGCUACAGCCCAGACGCUCAGGACUAUGCAGACAUUCUGGGUUUCCCUUCUCCGCUCUCGCUGGCAUUACAUCAUACAUCCACUAAAGCGUGCAGUGAGUCCAUAAAGCUGCUGCUCAAUGCAGGAGCGACUUUGAAUGCAGAGGAAUGGACUUACGCCCUAGCCACUGACAGAACGGACCUGCUGGAGCUGAUUCUGGACCACAGGUGGAUCCCUCGGCCAGAGGCGUUUUCAAAGGGCUUUUUGGUACCGCAUCAUCAUGGGAAGAUAAUACUAAAGCUAAAGGAGCUGAGGGAGCUGGUCUGUGUAGCACUGAGCCAAGUGGACUUUGCUUCCUGUUGGCUUUCCAUACUUCUGAACAAAGGACUUGAACCAUCUCUGCUACUGCACCCCCACAUGCUGGAGAAGGCAGACAGCGAUGUGCUCAAUUAUCUGCUUGAGUUUGUAAACUGGUUGACUCUUUCUCCUUCUCUGAAGAUUAUUCUGGACCAGAGGCGAGCAGAGAAGACCUGGGAGCCACACACUUAUUUUGAUUCAGUUCCCCGUCUUUUCCACCUCUGCCGACUGAAGGUUCGCCAAGUGCUGGGGCCGGAUCAGCUGAUGAGGACCAAUGUAGUUCAGCGGCUAGCCGUUCCCACUCCACUUCACAAUUUUCUGAAAUUUAUGGACAUCCAAGAACUGUCCAGCACGCGACCCCCACCAUCACCUGUUAUAAAUCGCAUCGAAAGAUACCGCAGCACACACGAACACAGACAUGUUGUGUAAAUCUGUUUUUGUCAUUUUGUUACUCAUGCUGGUUAAAAGUGUCAAGAUCUAUCUUUCACAUGGAGAUACCACUCUUAAUGGGACCCACAGAGAUUGCUGUCCGUGCCCUCACAUCCAAGACGUAUUUACACCGUUCCGUCUCAUGGAAGCAUUCCAAAUUACUCCCCAUGCUGUUAGUGGUUUACUAAAAUUCAGGGUUUUUGGCUGUUAAAAGUGCUGAAGAAAAUAAAAAUGAUAUUUUCAGUAAA